UGUUUUAUAUUGCUUAUGAACCAUGGAAAUUCCUCGUUAAAUAAAGCACAUUGAAUCCUCUUUGAUGGAGAAACGUUUACAAUUAAAAUGGAAUUUCUGUGUUUAUUUCUUUUUAAAAUCAUAACCAAUAUUGCUGCAUGAGACGGCUUUUCUGAUUCGACUUUUCUUUUUGUUGGUCUUUUUUAUUGACGCUCGCAUUCUUUUUUUAUGCUGUUCAUGAUUAUAAAACUCAUCCUGUUUGGAGGUGCAUUGCACCGUUGGAAACCAUCGAGUUUACUAUAAAAGGAAGAGAAGUCAGACAGCUAAUCGGUGUAUUAGUACUAAAGAAUAACCUUCUUUUCUCACUUCAUCAUAGAUGGAUAAGGAAGUCUCUUACAUUCUUUCUUCUUCAUUGGAUGGAGAAAAUUGCCAUUCUGCUGAAUCCUGUGUUGAGAAAAAGCUCAAGCUAUUCGGAUUCGAGCUGAACCCGAUCAGGAACGAUGAGAGCUGCAAAGGAUCCGUAGAAGGAGAUGAAAGUGUGAAUUCAUCAAACACUGUCUCCUCUGAAAGGGAGAAACCAGUCAAGGAGAAAAGCUCGGUCGGCGAACCUGACGAUAAGAAAUUCGAGUGUCAGUAUUGCUUCAAGGAGUUCGCUAAUUCGCAGGCUUUAGGAGGUCACCAAAAUGCCCAUAAGAAGGAAAGAAUGAAGAAGAAAAGGCUCCAGCUCCAAGCCAGGAAAGCCAGCAUCAGCUGUUACCUUCAACCUUUUCAGAACAAUCUCAGUUACAAUUGCCAAGGCUCAACGCAGUGGUUCUAUGAUCCUUCCUGUUCUACUCCUGAAUUUACACUUUACGAGGAGUCUCAGGUUAGUUUCAAUCCUAAUGAUCAAGAUUCUCAUCUAAAUGGAACUCAGGUAUCAAAGUGGUAUAGUACUGUACCUGCUCAGGCACCUUUCCAGCAAGAUACUUGUAUGUUUACUAUAACACAUCCUGAAAGAGCCAGAGAGAACAGGCCUGUCAUCAGGAAGCCUGCUUCCAAGCAAACCUGUAAAUCUUUGGAUCUUCAGUUAGGCCUUAGCUUGCAAUCGAAUAUGAUAUAACAUAUUCCAGAAGAAAUGGGAAGAUACACGCAAGAAUAUUCAUGAUCAUGAUAGGACAGCUAACAUCGAAUUGAAGAUUGGUGUCAGUGACACUUCAAACAUCGAUCUUAUUCAGAUUAUAUAUACUAUUCAUCUGUAAUUCAAUUCCACUACGCGAAGUCAUACAAAUAUGCUUUUACUACUUUUAUGCCUAUUCCUGAAGGGGAGCUAACAGAUUGGAUUGUGAGACAUUUCAGCAGGAACAUGUACAGUUCGUGUGCUGAUAAAAGCUUGCUACAAUUUGAGCACUUGAGUUUUUGUCAGAAGUCAAAUUUUAAUGUAUUAUAAUUUUACUCA